AGAAGGAUUCCCAUUAAUUUCUUUCAAUAACAACGGCAAUGGCGAAUCAACUUAAUCGUCUCUCCAAUCUCCGCGCCAUAGCUCCCACUAAAUCCGCCAUCUUCAGUUCCUUCUGUACCGAUUCAGUUCAACUCCAAUCGGGGAGCAACAAUGAGGCCGAUAAUCUACAAGAGAAAAAUCGCCAGGAUCAAGUCCGGAAGCUCAGCACUCUUCUCCGGAAGAAACGAUUUAAAUCUGCCAGAACUACAAUGGUUUCCCUUGUACUCCCUGGGUCUCCAUUUUCUUCCCCCGCUGAUCUUAUCUCUGUCUUCUCUCAAUCAUUUCCAUCGCCGAAACCCAUUUUCACAGACAUGCUUCUAUCUAUCUGUGCCGAAUUGAAGUUGCCGGAUGAAGCAACAGAGGUGUAUAAUUCAAUCAGGAAAGAAGGUAAUUUCCCUUGUUCAUCUGCAUUCAAGCUUUUCCUUGAAUCUCUCGUGUCUUCAGGUCAUUAUAACAGAACCAUCGAUAUAUUCUGGGAAGUUAUCAAUUCGGGUUUUCGAGUCGACAGAUUCGCUUACAGUAAGGCAAUCGAAUCGGCAGUGAAACUAGGCGACUUGACAAAAGCAAUGAACUUGCUGAAUUACAUGAAAAGACAUGGGGUUAGUCCUAAUGCAUUCAUCUACAACGUUUUGAUUAAUGGUUUUUGUAAAGAGAAAAGAACAGAAGAUGCACGAAAGCUGUUCGAUGAAAUGAUUGAAACAAAAGUGACUGCAACAAUGUUUACUUACAGCACUCUUAUAGCUGGUUAUUGCAAAGUAUUUGACAUGGAGAAUGCACUCGAGAUUCAAAGAAGGAUGAAGGGAGAGAACAUGGAGUCUAACCUCGUCACUUUCAAUACCUUGAUCGAUGGUUAUGGAAGAAUUUGCCAAUUCGAGAAUUGUUUCGAAAUCCUUAACGAAAUGGAAAACAAGGGCAUAGUUCCAAAUGAAAUAACUUAUGGUUCUUUAGUAUAUAAUUUAUGCAAAGAUGGUAGACUUUGUGAAGCUGAAUUGAUAAUGAGAGAUAUGGAAAAUAGGAAGAUUAUCCCCAAUGCACAAAUAUACAACAGCUUAAUAAUGGCGAACAUUGAAGAGAGAAAAAUGGAAGAUGCAAAGAGAAUUGUUGAGGAAAUGAAAGGAAGAGGACUGUUGCCUAAUGAGGAUACUUACUGUAUUCUGAUAAAGGGUCAUUGUGGGGUAAAGGAUUUUGUGGGUGCUUAUGGUUGGUAUAGAGAAUUGAUUCAGAAUGGUUUGGUUUUGAAUAUGGCUGUCUGCAAUGAGCUUAUUUGUGGUCUUAGAGAAGAAGGAAUGGAAUCGGAAAUACUAAGUAUUCGCGAUUACAUGAACAAGCAAACACAAUGCAGGAGGAGCAAGUUUUCAAAAGUGAUUGAACGUGGACGCGGGUCUAUCCGUUCAUGUAGUAACCAUAAACAUAGGCCUAUUAGUUUUUUCAUAUAGCCAGACUUUAUGGUAUGGUUGUAGUCCCAAUUGUACAUUUUUUGGGUUGGGUUAAUAAUGAAUGAUUAAAUUAAAUGAUGUAUGGUUGUGGUUGUGGUUGUGGUUGUGGUUGUGGUUGUGGUUGUGGUUGUGGUUGUGGUUGUGGUUGUGGUUGUGGUUGUGGUUGUGGUUGUGGUUGUGGUUGUGGUUGUGGU